CAGAGUCCUUCUGGCGGUUGGUCCUGGAGCGGCGCAGCCGGAGCGGGGCCGUGAGGUGAGCUCGCGGCUAGGCGCGGCGAGGCGAAGCCGCCUAACUGGGGCCGGGUCGGGCCGGGCCCGCGCCGCGCGCGUGCCGUGCGGACGGGAAACCGUGACGGACUUCACUACUGCUCGGGUCCCCUGCCCGGCCCCGCUCCCUGCCUGGCCCCGCUUACCCAGCCGGGAGGGAGGCCCGGGGACCGCUGCUGAGAGCGUGGCGGGCGUGCGAGCGGUGCCCAAUCCCUGGUGCUGCCCGCAGGAGUGACGGCAGCUGCGGCCAAUCAGGGCCGCCCGAGGGGGCUGGGCCGCGGGGUGCAGGCCCUGGGCGCGGAGCUGGGCCGUGUUGGGGGUGGGGGAUAAGAGCUAGGACACCAAGGUGGGCUGUGCGGACCUUGAAGAGCCCCACCACUGGUCGUUUCUCUUGCCUUGUGCUUUGCGAACGCGUUUUCUUUUAUUGACUGUUUUGUUCUAUUUUGGGGCGCACACCCCUUUCUCAAAUCCCCUAAUAUAAGAGUGCCCCCUUUUUGUAGAGCUUGUAUGGGCGGCGCAACCCUUUUCUUAAGCUCCAGCCCUUGGUGUUUUAUCUCAAUUUGGAAAGCUCCCCCAAAUUGAGAGUAUACCCUCUUCCCCCUGACCUGAAAGGGAGCUUACUGCCUUUUUUUGUUUCCAAUCUGGAUAGCAUUCCCUUUCAAAUUUGGGGGUUCGCUUAAUUAACGAGUCCCUCUAAUCUGGGGUCCAAUAGCCAGUUUGGGGGUAUUUUAUAUUCUAAGAAAUCCAAGCAAGAAUUAACGUUUUCCAGGCCCUGAAAUCUGGAGACAUGCUUUCCCGAGUUUCUUAAAUUUGGAGGCCACGUCCUUCUGCCCUUGAAAUUUAGGGGUGCACCCCGUUUUUAGAGUCUUCCAAAAAUGUCCAAAUCUUGAAGUUUAGGUGCACAUGUUUCCAGUUCUACAGGUCUGGGAAUUCACUGCCUUUUCCAGCCACUCCAUUCUUGGGGUUGCGUUCUUUUCAAUAGUUCUCCAAAUCAAACUACCUUAUUUCAUGGGAAGACUUCUCAUUGUCACACUUGAGUGUGUAUAUGCUUCCUGAGCUCCUACAGUGUACGAAAUGCACCUCUCUGGGUUGCUCAGUUCUUGAGGUGCAGCCACCUUCCUGAGGCUUUUUAAAUCUGGGGAACGCACCUUAUUCCUGAGUCUUCUCAUUUCUGGGCUGUGGUCCGUGAUUCUUGAGCAUGCCUCCAUUCCAUAAUUCCCCAUCUUUUUUUUUUAGCUUUUCUGCCAUCCAAGGAAGACAUUUUCUUUUGCAUUCUCUUCCUCUGCAGAACCGUAUUUCCUUUUAGAUGUUCUGCCUGUGUGGUCCAGUGCACCCCAUUUUCUCUCCUCUGGAAAAUAAAGGCAACCCCAUUGAUGACUGAAAAUGACAAAGCAUCCACCUAACAGACGAGGAAUCAGCUUUGAAGUGGGAGCCCAGUUGGAAGCCCGGGACCGAUUAAAAAACUGGUAUCCAGCUCAUAUAGAAGACAUUGACUACGAAGAAGGAAAAGUACUUAUCCAUUUCAAGCGCUGGAACCAUCGUUAUGAUGAGUGGUUCUGUUGGGAUAGCCCUUAUUUACGCCCUUUAGAGAAAAUACAGCUGAGGAAAGAGGGCUUACAGGAAGAGGAAGGGUCUUCUGAAUUUCAAAUAAACGAGCAGGUCCUUGCUUGCUGGUCUGAUUGUCGUUUUUACCCAGCCAAAGUUACUGCUGUUAACAAGGAUGGUACUUACACUGUGAAAUUUUAUGAUGGAGUAGUUCAGACUGUCAAACAUAUUCAUGUCAAAGCUUUUUCCAAAGAUCAGAAUAUUGUGGGUAAUGCUAGGCCUAAAGAAACAGAUCACAAAAGUCUUUCAUCGCCUCCUGAUAAACGAGAGAAGUUUAAAGAACAGAGAAAAGCCACAGUCAUUGUGAAAAAAGGCAAAGAGGACAAAGCCUUAAAGACGGAAAAGCGCCCCAAGCAGCCUGAUAAAGAAGGAAAGUUAAUGGGCUUGGAAAAGGGGAAGGUGUCAGAGAAAAGCCUUCCCAAGAACGAGAAAGAAGACAAGGAGAACAUUUCAGAAAAUGACAGGGAGUAUUCUGGAGAUGGCCAAGUGGAUAAGAAAUCCGAGAAUGACAUUGUGAAGAGUCCACAAGAAAACUUGAGGGAGCCUAAAAGAAAACGAGGCAGACCCCCUUCCGUAGCUCCUACUGCUGUGGAUUCAAACUCUCAAACUUUGCAACCAAUAACACUGGAAUUGAGAAGACGGAAAAUAUCAAAAGGAACCGAAGUCCCAUUAAAACGUCCUCGGCUUGCCAAAAAUUCAUCCCAGGAAAAGACAAAAACCUAUUCGGAAAACACUGACAAAGACUUAUUGAGGAGACGGUCUUCCAGGCUGUCCACUAAUGGGACCCAUGAGAUCCUAGAUCCUGACUUGGUUGUAUCUGAUUUGGUUGGUACAGUUAAUACGGAUCCUUUGCAAGACACAUCAUCUAGUGCCAAGGAAUCUGAAGAAGGCCAGUUGAAAUCUCCUUUGGAAGCUGGCCAGGUCUCAUCUGCACUAACUUGCCACUCCUUCGGGGAUGGAUUGGGGGCUGCAGGCUUGGAGUUGAACUACAAGUCGAUGGGUGAAAACGCUAUGAAAACGGAACCGGCCUCUCCCCUUGCUGAAUUACAAGAGAUUUCGACUGUGUCAGUAACAAGUACAUUUAAGAAAACAGAUGAUCUUGUGACAUCUAAAGCCCCAGCUGUUGAUCUAGACCACAAGUUUAGAUGCAAGGUUGUGGACUGUUUAAAAUUUUUCCGCAAAGCCAAACUAUUGCACUAUCACAUGAAGUAUUUCCACGGAAUGGAGAAGUCACCAGAGCCAGAGGAAAGCCCAGGAAAGAGGCAUGUCCAGACAAGGGGCUCUUCAGCUUCAGACAAGGCCAGCCAGGAUAGUCUGACUAGGAAGCGGGUCUCGGCAAGUUCCCCAACAACAAAAGACAAGGAAAAGAAUAAAGAGAAGAAAUUCAGAGAGUUUGUGAGAGUGAAGCCAAAGAAAAAAAAGAAAAAGAAAAAGAAAGUCAAACCUGAAUGCCCCUGCAGUGAGGAGGUCAGUGACACAUCCCAGGAACCUUCUCCACCCAAGGCAUUUGCUGUCACCAGGUGCGGGUCCUCACACAAGCUUGGGGCCCACAUGAGCCCACAACUCCAUGGCUCAGAAUCUGGAAACCACAAAAAGAAAGUGAAAAUAUCUGAGGAGGAUAAUCUGAGUGAGUCCUCUUCAGAAAGCUUUCUUUGGAGUGAAGAGGAGUAUGGCCAAGACAUCGAUGUAACCACCAACCCAGAUGAGGAACUUGAUAGAGAUGACCGCUAUGAUUUUGAGGUGGUCCGCUGCAUCUGUGAGGUCCAAGAGGAAAAUGACUUCAUGAUUCAGUGUGAAGAGUGCCAGUGCUGGCAGCAUGGGGUCUGCAUGGGAUUACUGGAAGAAAAUGUACCUGAGAAAUACACCUGUUAUGUUUGCCAAGACCCUCCAGGUCAGAGGCCUGGCUUUAAGUACUGGUAUGACAAGGAAUGGUUGAGCAGGGGACAUAUGCAUGGCUUGGCAUUUCUAGAAGAGAACUACUCCCACCAGAAUGCCAAGAAGAUUGUGGCCACCCACCAGCUCCUUGGCGAUGUGCAGAGAGUGAUUGAGGUUCUCCACGGCUUACAACUCAAGAUGAGCAUCUUGCAAAGCAGGGAGCAUCCUGAUUUGCAGCUGUGGUGUCAGCCUUGGAAACAGCGCUCAGGGGAGGGGAGAUCUCAUUCCAAACAUAUCCACAUCACGGAAGCCAAGACCAAGGAGGAAGCCCCAAGCUAUAGAACUUUGAACGGGGCAAUGGAGAAGCCCCUGCCCCUGCCCCUGCCCCUGCCUCGGUCUGUGGAGGAAUCCUAUAUCACCAGCGAGCACUGCUACCAGAAGCCCCGCGCUUAUUACCCUGCUGUGGAGCAGAAGCUGGUGGUGGAGACCCGGGGCUCUGCCCUUGAUGAUGCAGUCAAUCCUCUCCAUGAGAACAGUGACGAUUCCCUCUCCCCACGCCUGGGCUGGCCUCUAGACCAAGACAGGAGCAGGGGGGAUAGUGACCCCAAACCCAGCUCCCCAAAGGUGAGGGAAUAUAUGUCCAAAAAGGUCCCACCAGAGGAAGCCCCUGCUCGGAAGCUGCUGGACAGAGGUGGAGAGGGGCUGCUGAGCUCCCAGCACCAGUGGCAGUUUAACCUGCUGACCCAUGUGGAAUCUCUUCAGGACGAAGUCACGCAUAGGAUGGACUCCAUUGAGAAGGAGCUGGAUGUGUUGGAGAGCUGGCUGGACUACACUGGGGAACUGGAGCCCCCAGAGCCACUGGCCAGGCUCCCACAGCUCAAGCAUUGCAUCAAGCAGCUGCUGACUGACCUGGGGAAGGUGCAGCAGAUCACCCUUUGCUGCUCAACGUGAAACUGGGCACCCAAAACUAAUGGGGGCAUAAUCCUGGGGCACCUGCAGGAGGAGCUUUCCUAUUUAAAUAAACAAACAUAGCAUGCCGAAUGCAUGUGACACCAACUGACUUCAGGGAUCUGAGCAGGGGUGUGAUGGUCACUGGACAAGGAGGCAAUUUUGGUUGCUGGAGGGCAGGGCACUCUGAUCUUGAAGCCUACCAAGAAGGUAGCAAAUAAGACUUUUGGAAUUCCUUCUUUUUUGUACAUCGUUGAAUGAAGAGCGAGUCUUUUUGCACAAACUUCACUUGAAAUCGUGCCACUGAUGAUAAAUGGAAUGAGAGCCAAAAAAGUUUAGUUGGAAACAGUUGUAAAUUCAAUUUGCAGUUUAUUUAAUUGACUAUUCUAUCAGGUUGGAGUAUAAACCAACCCUUCCGAUUUCUGCCUGGCAUAGUGUUUAGGCAGCAGGCAGCAUUUUCUUUUUUCCAGCUUCAUGGGGAUAUUGUAACUUCACCAUUCUGUGGAUGUUGGGAAGGAGCAGAGAGGCCUUGGCUGCCUCCUUGUUAGACUGUUCACUUUUCUCACCACACCUCUUGCAUGACUUCAUGGUACCAGGGACAAGUUUUGUAUGCUUCAUCCCAGAGUUGGCUGGGUUGUCUUUUGUAGCAGAGCCCAUACAGCCUGUGGAGAACUAGAAUCUCAUUUUAAUAAGAAUCUAGAAGGAAUUCCGAGCUGAAGCAGGCGGGGCUUGGAACCCAAAGGACAGCAUUUUCUACCCAAUUCUUAAUAUUGACAGCUCCCCAGUUCUAUUUAAUGUCCAAAAAACGUUUCCCAGAAUUUCGAACUCUUUUAAUGUAAAGAUUCAUUACAAAGGAUGUGGUUUGGGGAAUUAUCCUAUUUUAUAUUGUUGUAAACAACUUCAGAUUCAACUUGUGCCGCUUUUUUCCUUCCCUGAAGGGUGUGUUCAGUAGUUAGUGUUUUCAGAAUUGUUUUAAUAUACUUUAACACUUUAAAUUUCCUGUUUAUUUGAUGAUAUCAAGGUGAUUAUGCUGCUUAAGGUCCAGGUACAACCUGUUUGUACCUUUUGAGACAAUAUUUGUGUUACUUUUGCAGGUUCCGGUUUCAUCUGUAAUUGCUGUACUUUGUUUUGUUCUUCCUUAAUAGUCAAAGUGAAAGAAAAUGUUCUAUACUUUGAAGAGUGACCAGUUUCACUACUUUUCUUAUCGAUAAACUAAAGGCAGAAAUCAAAGCACAGUUGUCAAAUUAACAGUCACAAGUUAAAUGUCAGUUUAUGAAUCUGUAAUGUUAAAUGCUGCACAUAUUUACUAUGUAAACAUGAAGUAGCCAAUAUCUCAAUAGCAAUGACAGUAUCUCCAGCAACCUUUGGAAUGGUUAGGCUUUAAGUCACAGGUGAUUGUUGUUGUUAAAGCCUCUGUACUAAGAUUAUUCAGAGAAUGCUCUAUCUAAGGAUCAUUCACAAUUUGGUAUAAAUUGACCUGCUGUAGCUUAUCCUUCAGAAGGAAUACAUGUGGCUGUAACAUCUGGAAUAAAGCUGACACAAUUCCUCUACCAGAAGCUGUUUCCCAUUGCUAACAGUGUUUGUGGUAUGGGAAGAAAUGCCUAAGGAGUGUGCAUGGCAUCUGCAUUUUGGAUAAUGAGCCACAUCAGAAUUCUGACACUUGUCCAAAAAGGGAAGAAACCAGAUGAUUUUCUGUAGCCACAACUGUGAGGUAUGAUGAUUUUUAUUAUUAGAUUACUGAUUUUUCUUUUAUGGAAGUACAUUUGAGUAUCUCAUCUGGGGAAGCUGUAACUUUUAAGGUAAUCAAUGUUUUUGUCACAGACUGAAGAAGAAACAGAAUUGCCCUAAUUUUGCCAACUGACCAUUAUGGGUUUAUUGCUUAAGUCUUAUAAAGGAAAUAAUCCCAUUUCACCUGUUGUUACUUUUGUCCUUAGGGAAGCAAGGAGGUCUGGGGGCAGGGGAGCAGGGAAGAUUCUCAAAGUACUGACUUCCGUGUGCUUCCCUAUUUUAAAGCCAUGUUGAGGGGCUCUAUCCCCAGUUCCUGGGUCAAGCUGAAUUAACCCAAGUUGGAGCACUGGAAAUUAUUUGCAAACGUUACUGUUACCAUUACUUGUGCACUACCGAAGUUUUGUCUUUUGAGAAAAACUAUCCACCUACAAAAAUUGCCUUGACAAAAACAGUUUUGGUUUUACUAAUCAUUUUGUUUCUUUAAGUAAUGAGUGUAUGCAAGGUGGACCCUUGAUGAGCCAACAUUGCACUGUGGAUACAUACCUAUGUUUACGCGCUAUUAGAACAGAAGGCACUGUAUAUAGAAAUGUUGCUUUGAAGCAAUAUUUGCAAAACAUGCAAACUUCUGUAUCUGAAUUUGGAAAAAAUAAAACAGAUUUUCAUUGCUA